AUGCCCCAAGCUACAGUGCCCACGCGCCGCCACACGCGUCGGCAACGCUUGGGUGUCCAAAGCGAUAUCGCAUCGCCGGAAAACUUCCAAAUCGAGAGCCAAGACUCCUACCCUAGUGGCCGGAAUCGCGAUCGCAAUACCGGCCGAAAUCCAAUUCGUAAAUCGAGUUGCCUACACUACAAAUUGAUCAAUUUCUACCCAACAGGCAGCCAGAGCUCAGAAAAUAGGUGGAAAUCCAUACCUCAAUCACUUGAAACGGUGGCCGGAGGAGGGAGAUCGAUCCGGCGAAGUUUCAAGCGAAAACCGGCCAAAAACCUGCAUUUUCCGGCGACUGGAGCGGCGGCCGAUGUCGGGGAAGGGCCGGGUCAUGACACCGGGGCUGAGCCGGUCAUUUUGGCACCGGUCCCGUCCGCAUCCGUGGCCGGUGGCCGGAGUUGCGAGGGAGGAGGGCGACAGCUGUCGCGCGGAGGAGAGAGAGAGCACCCCCGAGAGAGAGAGUUUUCAGAUUUUAUUCAAAAUCCAUUUCGAAAUAUUUACGAUUAUGCCACUGAGGGUAUUUUGAUCGUAUCUCUCUCGUCACAACUCCAAUUCGAGCCCACUACGUGUCUACGGACUCAUCUCACCGCGCUCUACGCAACGGACCGGGUCAUUACAUGCUCCUCGCAGAGUCAUCGCGAACACUUUGCACAUCAGGGCGUCGUCUGCCUUGUACAGGAUCAUGGCGCUCUUGAAGUGCCUCAAAUGGCUCUUAGGGUCAGAGUCCCCUUUAAUGAAGUGAUGGAUGGAGUUGUAAACCGCUUCGGCGGCGGUGCUCGUUCCACCUCGUCUGUAAAGGGCAAGCAGUCAACUCGAUCAAUUUCCUUGCACAGGGCCUCCUCCGUCCUUCCUUUGAGUCGGAGACCUCGGAGUUGGUCCUUUACAAGCUUCUCGACAUCCUCUGCUCGUAGGGUGGAGUCUCGGGCCGAACGACUUCGGUGCCUCGAGCGCGACUAG